AUGGCCACGCGCGAGGCGGCGCAGUUCUAUGGCCAAGCGGAGUCAGCACUGCGCGACGAACAGUUUGAGGACAGUGUGACCUUUGCUCAAAAAGCCGUGCAGAUUUUCGAAGGCUUAGGAGCCGAAGGCGUCUCGGGGCUCAUUGAUGCCCUCUACAUCCUCAUCGAUGCUCAUCGACAGAUGGCAACCACCAUGCAGGAGAAGCCACAGAAUGCUUUGUCCAUCAGUGGCCAGUACCUUGAGAAGUUCAAGGCCAGCCGAGAUCGUCGUGGGGAGGCUGUGAUGCUGCUGUGUUUAGCAGAGAUCAACCACGACAAGCGCGGCCGCAAGAAGCGCCAGGAGGCGCUGGAGACGGCAGCGGAGGCGCUGCGGAUCUUCUCGGAGGUGCAGGACCGGAAGUUCGAGGCCCUGACGUUGAUGGUCACGGCCAUGGCUCACUACAAGUUCUUUAUGUAUGAUGCGAUGCUCGAGGAGGCGACCCGGAGCUUGGACAUUGCGGAGGAGUUGGGUGACAAGUUCCUGACUGGCCGAGCACAGAACCUCACCGGGCUUGCUUUGAGCUCCCAGAGGAGGAUUGAUGAUGCCAUGGAAAGGGGGAGAGCCGCCUUAGCGAUAUGGCGAGAACUUGGGAUGAGGCGCCAAGAAGCGAUCCAGACCCAUGCCAUGGCGGGUUGGCUGUUGUACAGCCGAUGGCCCAAGAAAGCCUUAGCCCUGGCGGAGCAGACCUUGCAAUCCUUCCGAGAGAUUGGACCUGCGGGCAUUCCUUCUGGCGCAAAGCAUCGCAGAGAGGCAAUGUGCGUCUACAUGAUCAUCGAAGUAAUGGCUGAGCUAAAGCAGUACAAGCCGGCGAUCAAGUUCGCGAAGUCGGCCUUCGAACGCUUUGGAGAGCUCGGGUGUCAGCUGGGCCAGGGGAUGGUGAAGGACGCCAUGGGCAGGGUCUACAUCGUCAUGGACAAACCCGACAAGGCUCGCCCGGGGGAAUCGUGCGAAGGACCGCAGAGGACCGCGGAGGACCGCGGACGAAGGAGCGAGGCCAUCGAAGCGGUGGAUGAAGCCAGAGAAAUUGCGGACCGUUUGGGAGACAAGCGAUGGAGCGCGAAGCUCCUUUUUGGAGUGGCCCAGGCCCACAUGAAGGCGAAGGACACCAAUGAGGCCAUUGAGACAUUGGAUAAGACCAUCGGAUUGGCGCAAGCUGCUGGAGACAUGCAGGAGACCUCCAGGUUGCAGCAGAACCUCAUCGAUGCUCUCCUCUUCCGACAGAGGAAUCCCAAGGCGGCUCUUCGAGUAGCGAAGGAAGCCAGAACGAUGGCACAGAAGAAUGGAGACAAACGCGCUGAAGCCAUGACCAUCCUGCGCGAAGCAAUGGCCCAGGGCUCCAUGGGGAAGAAAGAGGAUGCGUUGAAGACGUUGGCCAAGCAGGCUCAGGAGUUCUUCCAAGAGUCUUACUGGCCCCGUGGAGAGGCUGGUGGUCAAGCGGGUGAUCUGGACCAAGCCUUGGAAUGUGCCGAGGAGCGUCUCGCGGUCCUGCGGGGCGUCCACGACCUCUCCAUGGAGGCCAAUGCCAUGAUGCAACUGGCUCAGUUGCACAUGAAGGACGACAAUUACCAAGAGGCUGAACGGCUAGCACAGGAUGCUGCUGCCCUUGGGAAGAAGGACCGCAACCCCAGGGUGCAAGUAGAUGCAUUGCUUUUGCUCACCCAGCUGAACAACACCAAAGUGCUGGACAAGCUGGAGGACAAGUCUUUGAAGCCAGUGAUCGACCGGGCUGUGCGAACUGUGAACGAGGCUCUGCAGGUCGCAGGCAAAGCGGAGAACCGCUCUUUGCGAGCGCUGGUUCUGUUCAAGCGAGCAGAGACAAUGGUGCUUGCUGGCAGGCACCAAACUGGCCUCAGAGAUGUCAAGGAGGCUGCUGCGAUCUUCGAGGCGAUUGGCCACCGAGUCUUCAAUGACGAGAGAGUGGAAACCGAGGAGAUGGAUCACUAUCAAGCCUUGGGCCGCUGCAUGCUGCUGUCUGGCAACAUCAAACAUGCCUUAGGCCAGGUGGAACAGGGUGAGGCGGACGUGGAGAAGGCCGACCUGAUCGCCAAGGACAUCGGUGACCACCAACUGGCCGAUGAGGUCUUGUCCUUCCGGAAAGCACUGGAGGAGAAGAAGAAGGAACAAGAGCGGGCUGCUCAAGCGCAGAUUGAACAGCCACAGCUUGUGGCUCCCGCCCCUGGACAGCCAGCAGCUGCUGCUCCCGUGGUCGAGUCAGUGGCGGCACCGCCAGAGCAGAAGGGCUUGGAUCCGGUCUACGUGCGCAAGCAGCUGGCGGCCAUGGUGAAGGAUGCGAUUGCCAGUGACGAAGAGCUGGAACUGGACAGCCCCUUCAUGGAUGCUGGCAUGGACAGCUUGUCCAGUGUAGCCUUGAUGAGCAUGGUGGCAAAGGACUGGGAGAACCGGGUUCAGAGAAAGGAAGAGAAGGGCGGGUGGUCUCCGGGCAGCCUCUGGACGGGGGAUCCAAACGAAGACGAGUGGCUCCGGUGUUUAGAAGACGUGCUGCGCUCAGCUGCGCUCAGCGCCUUCACACGGCAUCAGAAUCUUCCCGAUGCUGAAGAAGACAUCACGUCGUACAGGGAACCUGUGCCAGAUGUCUUCAUGCAGUUCGGCUUGGAGCAGCAGUUCCGAUUUGUCAGUCAUCCCGGCAUCAUGGUGGUCUCAAAGCUCUUGGAAAUGAGGACCAUUGCCCAGAUGCGUGCGUCCUUUUCGCAGGACAACAUCGAACAAAUGAAGAAUUUUGAUCCGGAACUUGCCCGAAAAGCGCAGAUCGCAUAUGACAACAAGUUGCCGGUGAAUUUCCAGCAGCUGGAGCUCAUUGAGGUGCAAUGUGGGCGCGAGCACACAUGCGGAACCGCGCGAGGGUGGCAGAGUGCAACUGGGAGGUUUUGA